CGGCGGCGUUGGUUCUCCGGGUGCCUCCGGCGCCUCAGCCCCCUUAGCCUGCGCCUCAGGCUCCGAGGCCUCCGGUCCCCUCGGCCCCGGGCCGCCCGACCCCUCGCCGCCCUUCCCAGGCCGCCCCGCCGCCAUGGGCCCGCGCCCGCCGCGCCGCCGGGCUGAGGGCAGCUGAGGCGCGGCGCGAGGAUGGGCGAGGACGGAGCAGGGCCCGAGCGCCAGCCCCAGCAGCCCGGGCGCCCCGCGCGCGCCCGCCCGCGCCGCCGAGGGGAUGCCCGCGCCCGCCGCCGCGCCCUGAGCGCCUUUGUCUGCCGCCCGCGCCCGCCGCACCACUAGCCUCUCGGGAGCAUGGCGUCGGCCCCGCCGGCCUCGCCCCCGGGCUCGGAGCCGCCGGGGCCUGACCCUGAGCCUGGCGGGCCGGACGGGCCGGGGGCGGCGCAGCCGGCGCUGGGCCCCGCGGAGCUACGCCUCGGAGCGCCAGCCGCCGGCCCCGACGCGGAGUCCCCGGGCCUGGGCGAGCCUGCGCCCGGAGCCGCUGCGGACUGCGGGGCGCGCUGGAGCGCCGGGCCGGCCCCGGGGCUGGAGGGGAGCCCGCGGGACCCCGGGCCGCCUGCGCCGCCGCCGCGCGGCUCCCCGGGCCCAGGGCCCUGCUUGGAGGCGCCGCUGCCACGGCUCGGUCCGUGUUUCCCCUGGACUGAGGAGCCCGAGUGCGGCCCCCCGAGCUGCCCGGAGAGCGCGCCUUUCCGCGCGCAGGGGCCCGGCCGCACCCUCCGAGCCCGGGGCGAGGUCGACCUCUUCCCUCCCUUCCCCGCGCCCACGGCGGGAGCGCUGGCGCCGGAGGAGGGUCCCGGGGCCCCGCCGCAGCCCUCGGACCUUGGCCGUUCGCACCCGCUUUCGAGCGAGCCCGCGGCGAGUCAGGAGGACGGCUCCCGCCUCCGAGCCGUGUUCGAUGCCCUGGACGGGGAUGGGGACGGCUUCGUCCGCAUCGAGGACUUCGUCCAGUUUGCCACGGUCUACGGGGCAGAGCAGGUGAAGGACUUAACUAAGUACCUGGAUCCCAGUGGACUCGGUGUGAUCAGCUUUGAAGACUUCUACCAAGGGAUCACAGCCAUCAGAAAUGGAGAUCCCGAUGGCCAGCGCUACGGCGGCGUUGCAUCUGCCCAAGACGAGGAACCCCUGGCCUGCCCGGAUGAGUUUGAUGACUUCGUUACCUAUGAGGCCAACGAGGUGACGGACAGCGCGUACAUGGGCUCCGAGAGCACCUACAGUGAGUGUGAGACCUUCACGGACGAGGACACCAGCACCCUGGUGCACCCUGAGCUGCAACCAGAAGGGGACGCAGACAGCGCUGGUGGCUCGGCAGUGCCCUCCGAGUGCCUGGACGCCAUGGAGGAGCCCGACCAUGGUGCCCUGCUGCUGCUCCCAGGCAGGCCCUACCCGCGUGGCCAGUCUGUCAUCACGGUGAUCGGGGGCGAGGAGCACUUUGAGGACUACGGUGAAGGCAGUGAGGCAGAGCUGUCCCCAGAGACCCUGUGCAACGGGCAGCUCGGCUGCAGUGACCCCACUUUCCUCACGCCCAGCACUGACCCUCUUGCCGCAAAGCUGCACAGCAUCCUCACUGAUGAGGCGUUUGAGUUUUACUGUAGCCAGUGCCACAAACAAAUCAACCGCCUUGAGGAUCUUUCCGCCCGCCUGAGUGAUCUUGAAAUGAAUAGUCCGACAAAGCGGCUCUCCAGCAAGAAGGUGGCAAGGUACCUGCACCAGUCAGGGGCCCUGACCAUGGAGGCCCUGGAGGACCCUUCGCCCGAGCUCGUGGAGAGCCCAGAGGAGGACAUUGCUGACAAGGUCGUCUUCCUGGAAAGGCGUGUGCUGGAGCUGGAAAAGGACACGGCUGCCACUGGCGAGCAGCACAGCCGCCUGAGACAGGAGAACCUGCAGCUGGUGCACAGAGCAAAUGCCCUGGAGGAGCAGCUGAAGGAACAGGAGCUGAGAGCCUGCGAGAUGGUUCUGGAAGAGACCCGGAGGCAGAAGGAGCUCCUAUGCAAGAUGGAGAGGGAGAAGAGCAUCGAGAUCGAGAACCUGCAGGCCAGGCUGCAGCAGCUGGAUGAGGAGAACAGUGAGCUCCGAUCCUGCACACCCUGUCUGAAGGCCAACAUUGAGCGCCUGGAGGAGGAGAAGCAGAAGCUGGUGGAUGAGAUAGAGUCGCUGACGCUGCGGCUCAGCGAAGAGCAGGAGAACAAGAGGAGGAUGGGGGACAGGCUGAGUCACGAGAGGCACCAGUUCCAGAGGGACAAGGAGGCCACCCAGGAGCUGAUCGAGGACCUCCGCAAGCAGCUGGAGCACCUGCAGCUCCUCAGGCUGGAGGCCGAGCAGCGGCGGGGCCGCAGCAGCAGCAUGGGCCUGCAAGAGUACCACAGCCGCGCCCGGGAGAGCGAGCUGGAGCAGGAGGUCCGCAGGCUGAAGCAGGACAACCGCAACCUGAAGGAGCAAAACGAGGAGCUGAACGGGCAGAUCAUUACCCUCAGCAUCCAGGGCGCCAAGAGCCUCUUCUCCACAGCCUUCUCUGAGUCCCUGGCUGCAGAGAUCAGCUCUGUCUCCCGAGAUGAGCUCAUGGAGGCAAUUCAGAAGCAGGAGGAGAUCAACUUCCGCCUGCAAGACUACAUUGACAGGAUCAUCGUGGCCAUUAUGGAGACCAACCCAUCCAUCCUGGAGGUCAAGUAGAGGCAGGAAGGCCCAGCCUGGGCUGGAUUCCGGACUCCAACACCCAGGAGUGGCCCCGUCACACCAUGAGGAGUCAGGACCCACAGGUCCCACAGCCGACAGAGCCCAGGGCAUGCAGGGAGCCCUCGUGCAGCUGGGCUGGGGCCACUGAAGACGGGCUGCUCAAGGGGCAGAGGGUGGUGGAGAGGAGGGAGAAAGGCAAGUCCCCGGGCCCGGGGCCCAUGGAGGGUGAGGGGGUGGCAGGGCUGCCCGUCAGUCAGUGCUGACCUUCUUAGUCCUAGGUCAGCCUGGCUGUGAACGCCUACACUUUGGUUCAGCGGGAUGGACUGGAGAGCCUCUCUGUGCAGAGCUGUGGGGUGAGCCCCACUGUGGCCUCCUUGUGGUGGGCCCUCUUCCCACGUGCAGCCCUAUUGGGAAGAAUGGAAGAAAACGGGUCCCUCCAGGGGUGCUGCUGCCUACACCACUCGCACAAGUGCCCUGGUGCCGUGUUGCCCAUGCUGGGCUGCUUCUGAUGGCCAGUGGGCUCCCGGACCCUCACCUCAGACAUGGUGGUGCAGGAAGGACAGGCGGGCAAGGCUGGUGUAUCCCCCAGCUCUCCCUGUGCUACUCAGGCCAUUGCUCAGCCAGAUAUGGUCAGCUUAGUCCAGCUCUGGGCCCUGGGGCCUCCAGGCCAUGCAGCCGAUCCUUUGGCCCAGUCCUCACUGCAGUAGCCCUUGGGGGCGCUGACUGCCUAUGGGGGCUGGGCAGGAGCCACUGGGGCCCUCCACUCUGACAUCGGGACCCAAAAGUCUGGCUGUAUAGAGCUCUCUCCUUGGGUGAGGUGGAUGCUGCAGGCCCCUCUGGCUCCCCCGUGCAGGUGCUGCUUCUCCACAGGUGCGGCCACACCCUCUCCACGCACUUCCCAGGCCAGAGUCCAAACAUUGGGAACCCUGUCUUCUGGGUGUCUAACUUAGAAAUCAUUGUUCUUCCCGAGGGUGCAUUUUGCAGCAGAGAGACGGCAGGGAAGGCUCUCAGCAGAGCAGGAGUGGGCCUACCCCGGGCCUGCACUCCCAGGCGCAGUGGAGUCAUCCUGCAAGGCUGUGGGCCUGCCCGAGGCCCCAGCAUUCCCUGGUGGGCCAAGACCCCAUCACCAAGACUGGCCACCAGCUGUGUGUGCGCAUGUGCACAUGUGCACGUGGUGCACACGUGUGUGGCCCCGCAUCCACCGCCUUCCACACCAGGAUGUCAGAGGUCGCCUCCUGUUGUACAUUUGGGGAAAGCCUUGGGUGUAAAUCAGUGUAAACUUGGAAGAGAUUUUUCUAUCAUGUAGAGUAGGUAUUUUUUAUAGAUUGAAGGUUGAUCAAUUUUUUAAUACUUUCAAGAGAGAAAACUAUCUGUGUAAACACAUGAAAUAUAUAUAUAUAUAUACAUAUAUAUAUAUGUAUAAUAUAUAAAUACUGGCACCUUGCCUCUCUAUGCCCAGGUCCGGCCCUGGUGACAUGGCUGUGUCCUGUUUCUGCUGACCACUCAGCAGUGCUGUAACUGUAAACAUGGACUCCCAGGAGACGGUGUGGGAAACACGCCGAGCACCAACUGCACAUGCUCCUGCUCUAAUUCCCCGAGAAACGGCCCCUCCUGCCUGGAUGCGGGAGGGCAGGGGCCACCACAGAUUAAAGCUGUUACUGCACAC